AGAAACAGACUUCCCCCGUCCCCAUCUAGCCAAGAGCGGGUUUAAAUUUUUCGAGAAUUUCCUGGAGAUGAAGCAGAGGCUGCUUUAGUUUCUAGCUGUGGAGGUCGGAGUCAACGGGGAAGGCAGUCUUAUAUACCGACCAAGAGAACCCCCUCCCUACGUUUGGAUAGCUAAUUCUAAAAAUCCUGGGAAUAUAGCCACAAAGGAGUUGUAUUAUUUCUCUUGAAGAUAUUUCAUUAUUGUUGACCUUUCCCUCACUCCGACGCCUUUGGAGGGAAGUUAUGUCAACUGCAGCCUUGAUUACUUUGGUUAGAAGUGGUGGGAACCAGGUGAGAAGGCGAGUACUGCUAAGCUCUCGACUGCUGCAGGAUGACAGGCUGGUGACUCCUGUGUGCCACGGCUCCACGUCAGAGCCCAGAUGUUCUCGGUUCGACCCUGACGGUAGUGGGCGUCCAGCCACCUGGGAUAAUUUUGGGAUUUGGGAUAACCGCAUUGAUGAGCCAAUUCUACUGCCACCCAGCAUUAAAUAUGGCAAGCCAAUUCCCAAAAUCAGCCUGGAAAACGUGGGCUGCGCCUCCCAUAUUGGCAAACGGAAAGAGAAUGAAGAUCGAUUUGACUUUGCUCAGUUGACAGAGGAGGUCCUGUACUUUGCAGUGUACGAUGGACACGGGGGACCUGCAGCUGCAGAUUUCUGCCACACCCACAUGGAGAAAUGUAUUAUGGAUUUGCUUCCUAAAGAGAAGAACUUGGAAACUGUGUUGACCUUGGCUUUUCUAGAAAUAGAUAAAGCCUUUGCAAAUCAUGCCCACCUGUCUGUUAAUGCAACCCUUCUGACUUCUGGGACUACUGCAACAGUAGCCCUGUUGCGAGAUGGCAUUGAACUGGUUAUAGCUAGUGUUGGGGACAGCCGGGCUCUUUUGUGCAGAAAAGGAAAACCCAUGAAACUGACCACUGACCAUACUCCGGAAAGAAAAGAUGAAAAAGAAAGGAUCAAGAAAUGUGGUGGCUUUGUAGCUUGGAAUAGUGUGGGACAGCCUCAUGUGAAUGGCAGGCUUGCAAUGACAAGGAGUAUUGGAGAUCUGGAUCUGAAAACCAGUGGUGUGAUAGCAGAACCUGAAACUAAGAGGAUUAAGCUACAUCAUGCUGAUGACAGCUUCUUAGUCCUCACCACAGAUGGAAUUAACUUCAUGGUGAACAGUCAAGAGAUUUGUGACUUUGUCAAUCAGUGCCAUGAUCCCACUGAAGCAGCUCAUGCAGUGACUGAACAGGCAUUACAGUAUGGCACUGAAGAUAACAGUACUGCAGUCGUGGUUCCUUUUGGCGCCUGGGGAAAGUAUAAGAACUCUGAAAUCAACUUCUCAUUCAGCAGAAGCUUCGCCUCCAGUGGCCGAUGGGCCUGAUUUCUGGCCGGGACCUGGAGUUUCUGUGCAACAGUGUUUGCUGAACUCAUCAAGACAGUGGUAGAUCAUAAGAUUUCCCUUUGUCUGCCUGUGCCAAUGCGACCCUGUGACUGAUUAGUCCAGUGCUCAAGUCAGUGUCAAUAACCAUUUAUUUACCUAUUGGCUUUUUAAAAUAAAUAUUGUACCUAUUCUAUUUAUGUUCAACCAUCCAUGCUUGGUAUAAAUAUAUGUGCAAUGAAGCUAUUUUGAGUCUCUAAAUUGAGUGGGAAAAUGAGGAUGCUUUUGGUACAUUGAUAAGUGCUAAAUUUCUUUUUAGUUUAUGUUUUGUUGUUGUUAUUGUUUGUUUUGUUUUUGUGGUGCUGGAGAUUGAGCCCAGAAGUUCUCACAUGAAUUUCUACUUUUUAAGACUCUUAGGCAACUGUGGUUUCUCUUGAUAAUUUUUGGGUUUUAUUCAUUUAAACAAGUUCUUCAAGUUUUUCUGAAUUUUGGCAGCAAUUCAAUAUGUUAGCUACAAGGGAUUUCCUUCCUUCCUUCCUUCUCUCUCUCCCUCUCUCCCUCCCUCCCAUUCCUCCUUCCUUCCUCUCCUUUCUUUCACUUUCCUGCCUCCCUUCCUUCUUCCCUUCCCCUUUUUGUAAGAGGGCAUCUCAUUGAUUGCCCAAGCUGACCCUGAAUUCCCAGGCUCGAGCAAUCACCCUGUCUCAGCCUCCCAAACAACUGGGACUACCCAGGGGCACACCACUAUGCCUUGCUUACAAGUGUUUAUGAUUAAUAACUGUAGCAAGGAGUAAAUGUGAAAACCAGGCUGUGUUAGCAUAUUUUAUAUUCUAGACCACUUCCUGCUACAUGUAACCAUGCAAAAGAAAUUCAUUCAGAUAAUAAACCAUUGCUAAAUUGUAUGCAUAUUUACAGACAGCAUUCUUAUGUAUUUCAACUAUUACUGGCACCCUUUCCAUUUAUUUCUAUUUUCCUACAGUUAAGAAUGCUCUAUAGAUGUGACUAUUCCUUAAUGUCUGAAAAGAAUGUGCAGGCUAAGGGUCUUUUGGUCAAAACAAUACAAAGUUGUGUAUGUUGUGUAAAGUUUUCAUUUGUUGUCUCUAAAUCACGUUUGUAUAUAGUAUGUUCAUAUCACUUUUUGUAUAGAGUAAGCAAGUUGGAUAAUUUGUAGUAACAAUGCCACAUGGAGUGAUGCUGAUAUAGAAAGCUUGAGGUUUAUGUCUGUUUCGCUCAUUUCUAAGACUGAGAAAUGAUAAGUCUAAAACAAAUGCUAAAACAUUCUGUAUCUCAGCUGGAUGUGUAAUUUAGGCCUGUAAGGCUGAACUUUUUACUUGCAUAUGUUUGCUGUUCAACUGUGAAUCUCUAAAUAUGUGCUGGGAUUAUAUAUGCAGUUAAUUUUCAGGCUAUGUACAU